AUAUGUGUGUGGUCAAUAUGAUUCGAAUAUGGCACUAAACAUGAUCCAACGAUCAAAACACACCCAUCCUUUUAGAACACAAAAUCAAAGCCGUUGGAUUAAAAAGAAGGGAAGAACAGUAGCAGUUGGUCUAUAAAUAAAGGAAGAACAAAGCUUAUUAGAGCAUAGCAAAACAAGUCUAUAUUCUCUUAUAUACAUAGUAAAAUACUUAAGCAAAGGGUACAAUAUAAAUGGCUUCCUCAAUUGUGUCUUCCGCCGCCACCGUCGCCUCCGUCGGCCGCUCCACUCCGGUACAAGCCAGCAUGGUGGCUCCUUUCUCUGGGCUCAAGUCAAGUGCUUCAUUCCCAGUCACUCAAAAAUCCAACAAUGACAUCACAACUUUGGCCAGCAAUGGUGGAAGAGUUCAAUGCAUGAAGGUGUGGCCACCAAGAAACUUGAAGAAAUUCGAGACCCUUUCUUACCUUCCACCUUUGACCACUGAGCAAUUGUUAAAGGAAAUUGAAUACCUUCUCAAGAACAACUGGAUUCCCUGUUUGGAAUUUGAAGUUGGUGAGGCUUUCGUGUACCGUGAGCACAACAGGUCCCCAGGGUACUACGAUGGACGUUACUGGACAAUGUGGAAGUUGCCUAUGUAUGGUUGCACAGACGCAACACAAGUGCUUAAAGAGGUUGAGGAAGCCAGUAAGGAGUACCCAGAUGCACACGUUCGUAUCAUUGGAUUCGACAACGUUCGCCAAGAUCAGUGCAUCAGUUUCAUUGCUUACAAGCCCCCACAAUGAUUAAUUAACUUAAUUAAUUGAGUUAAUUCUUAAUUAAUUAUGUAACCAUGCAUAUCCAUCAUCCACAUCCCGUUACUUUCAUUUCAAUUUCUUUUGUUUUGGUUUGUUUCGGUUUGUUUUUGUUUUUGUUUUCAAAAGACUUGUAUUAAUGCAUGUUUGUGUUAAUUAAAUUCUUCAUGAACUUUAUAAUUACUUUCCUUUCAUUUUCCUUUUUUGUAUUAUCAAUGUGAAUGAACUAUUAUAUAUAAUAAUGAAUGAGAAUAAUACUGAAUUCAAA